AUGGUGUUUCUGAAACACGUAUUCGGAAUAUUAACACUUCAAACUGGCACAAUUUUAUUGAGUUCACUAUUUAUCACGCUGGCUUUAUGUGUUUUAUUAGUCAACUCAUUGGCACUCGACACAGAAGCGCCACUAGCCUGGAUCGCGAUGUUCGUGUUUAUUGGUUAUAUGAUCGUGAUUUGGUUAAUAUCUUUUUAUGGUGCAUACAAAGAAUCACAAAGCGGAAUUACCGUAGCAACUAUUUUGUGGACAAUUUAUAUAAUAAUAUGGUUGAAAUUGGUUAUCUUUUCAUUUAUAGAUGCACAGGCUAUAUGUCUUGAGAAUAGAUGUCCAGAUGUGAUGUGGCUAUUAUGCAACCCGUGGCAUGAAAAACAGGGAAGAUGUAAUAAUGUUUUUCAACAUUUUUCGAAAAAUAAUACAAAAUCCCUAUAUGAAAAAAAUAACAAACCUCAAAUGUAUGACGAUAGGAUAAAAAUUGAGAAGAAAAGAGAAAAAAAACAACUUGUAACUACAACUAGAAUUUCACAUUCUGUAACAGUACCAUUUGCGAUGUUUGAUAACUAUGAAAAUCGGUCGGAAAUCAAAACCAAUGAAAUAAAAUUAGUGCUUAAAAAAUGUAUAGAAACACCUACAGCACAAAAUAACCAAGGGAGUAUGCUCGUGUCAAUAAUAGUAUUAUUACUGUAUUUAAUAUUAAUACUAUUUUCAUGGCUGAUUCUAAUUAGUUAUCGAGAAGAAUUUAUACUACAGGCAAAUCUUACAAACAACAAUUAG